UUAAGAGGCUGCAGGGAUGAACUGAGAAUUGCUUUUGCUUUCUUUACAGACGGGCACGCUCUCAUCUGAUCUGGGCCAUCAGAGUGAAGGGGUGAAAAGCUGAACUCCACCACCAUGUGCUACGGGAAAUGCGCGCGAUGCAUCGGACACUCCCUGGUGUGGCUCGCCGUCCUCUGCAUUGUAGCUAAUAUUCUGCUUUACUUUCCCAAUGGGGAAACAAAGUACGCAUCGGGAGACCAUCUCAGCCGCUUUGUGUGGUUCUUCUCUGGCAUCAUAGGAGGGGGCGUGCUGAUAUUCCUGCCGGCAUUCGUCUUCAUCGGCCUGGAGCAGGAUGACUGUUGCGGCUGCAGCGGCCACGAAAACUGCGGCAAGAGGUGCUCGAUGCUGUCUUCUAUCCUGGCUGCUCUCGUUGGAAUCACAGGAUCUGGCUACUGCGUCAUCGUGGCAGCGCUGGGCUUAGCGGAAGGACCAGUGUGCCUUGAUAACACCGGCCAGUGGAACUACACCUUUGCCAACACGGAGGGGCACUACCUUCUGGAUAGCUCCACAUGGUCCCAGUGCAAGGAACCCAAGCACGUGGUGGAAUGGAAUGUCUCUCUGUUUUCUAUCCUCUUGGCACUUGGUGGAAUUGAAUUUAUCUUGUGUCUCAUUCAAGUAAUAAAUGGACUGCUUGGAGGCAUAUGUGGCUAUUGCUGCUCUCGCCAACAGCAAUACGACUGCUGAGAGAACCACUCCAAGACACAACCACAAUCUUCCCUGAUGUCACUGUAAUUUAUAUAUUUUACUUGUAUUAAUUUGUAAAACUUUGUACUAGUGUAUUAUACGCCACAUGUUCUACUUUUAUAAGUGUGUAUAAAGACUGGCAUCCUCACGUGUUGUCAGUGUUCGAACGUAGCAAUCAAACUUUUUUAGGAAUUAGAAAAUAAAACACAGUCUGGAGGUAGUCUACUGAGUGACAGUUCUCAGACUAUCUGAGAUAAACUCUGGUCUGAAGUAAUGUUUUUGAGAAACAUUACAAGGAUAAAUACCACAUUCCAAUGGCUAUUGUAUAUAUUUAUAUGUGCAUGUGUUUAUUAAAUGAAAGAUUUCUAGUUGCUUUUCGUAAGACCAUGGAGGAGAAAAAUCUGACCACCUGAAAAGAUUUAUUUUCUCACUGUUUAUAUGGUGUUUCCCAGUCAUAUGCCUGCAAAUCUCUAGCAAGGGGCCUUUUGAACUGUUUCGUGUUCUGAAAGAGACAGAUACUUCCCCAGAGUCGGAGGACGGAUUGCGAAUGCUCGAAGCCAAACGAACGAGUCAGAACAUGCAAUACGGCGAGUUGUUACAGGGACUGCCAGACUCUACAUUUUCCUAACACAUGGGAAGCUCUUUGUCCUUCAAAGACAAGACUAAGGAUCAUGUAUUUAAAAAGGGAAAGGCCUGGAUAACUGGACAAGAAGAAAGAUGGGAAAUGGAAUAAAGCAGUUGAUCAGCAUCAUGGGAAAAUGGGGGCGAAGGGGAGGGGGACCAUGAGGAAAUACUCCCUCCAAAUUUGCUUGUUUUAAAUACAACAAAAUAAAGUAUUCACUACCA